CCCCCGUCCCCUGCCCCUGCCCCACCCAUCCUCCGGCUGAUCAUGCUGUCGAAUGUGCUCUCGCGCGCCGCGCGCACCGCCGCCCCCACUGCUCGCCGCUCCGUCACCACCGAUGCCCUGGCCCAGUCCCUCAUGUCCCCCUUCGCCAGCCAGAGCAGCCGCCUCAUGGAGCUGAUGCCGGCGCGCGUGAAGAUCGUCGAGGUCGGCCCCCGUGACGGCCUUCAGAACGAGAAGCGCAUCAUUGACACCGCCGACAAGAUCGAGCUCAUCGAGAAGCUGGCCUACACCGGGCUGCCGGUGGUCGAGGCCACCAGCUUUGUCUCGCCCAAGUGGGUCCCCCAGAUGGCCGAUGCCACCCAGGUGCUGGAGGGCAUCCAGCUGCGCGCCGGGACCAGCUACCCGGUUUUGACCCCGAACCUCCGGGGGUUCGAGAGCGCCAUCGCGGCCGGUGCCCGGGAGGUGGCCAUCUUCGCCGCGGCCUCCGAGUCCUUCAGCCGGCGCAACAUCAACGCCUCGAUCGAGGAGAGCCUGCAGCGCUUCCGCCCGGUGAUGGACGCCGCCCUCCAGCAGGGCGUCCCGGUCCGGGGGUAUGUCUCCUGCGUGGUGGCCUGCCCCUAUGAGGGGGCCAUUGACCCGGAGCGCACGAUGGACGUCGUGCAGCAGCUCUUCGACCUGGGCUGCUACGAGGUGUCCCUGGGUGACACCAUCGGCGCCGGUACCCCGGGCUCCAUCUCCCACCUGCUGGACAUCUGCAACCGCCGCCUUGGCGGCGAUCUCAGCAAGCUGGCUCUGCACUGCCACGACACCUAUGGCCAGGGCCUGGCCAACGUCCUGAUGGGCCUGCUGCAUGGGAUCACCACCAUCGACGCGUCGGUGGCCGGGCUCGGCGGGUGCCCCUAUGCCCCGGGGGCCUCCGGCAAUGUGGCCACCGAGGACGUGGUGUACAUGCUGAAUGGCCUGGGCGUCGAGACCGGCGUCGACCUGGAGAAGCUGGUUGAUGCCGGGCUCUUCAUCAGCCGCAAGCUGGGCAAGCCGCCUGGCGGCUCGUCCAACGCGGCGAAGGCCAUCCUGGCCCGCCGGUCCAAGGAGGAUGCCGCGGCGAUGGUCUGAUGUGCGCGCAACAUGGUGCGUGCGCGUGUGUGCAUGUGCAUGCGGCGCCGCGCGACGAUCGGCACGCCGCAGAUGUGAAUGGACGUACGACCGG